AUGAGCGUCGGAGGAGGGGGCAACGCAGUCAUCGCUGCCGUCAUCGCAGUUUCGUCUCUCGGCGACCCCAACUGGGCAUCCGACUUUGGUGUCAACCCCAUGACGACGAGUGGCUCCAACCCGACCAACUCGACCAACCCGAACACUGUGCAUGGGAGAGGCGGCACCAGUGUUGGCGCCAUCGCCGGGGGAGCGGCGGGCGGAGCGGUGGGGCUGGCGCUCAUCGCCGCGCUUGUUUUCUUCGUCCGGCGCAAGUGGAAGCAAUUGACUUGGAGGAUCCAGGGCGGCGGCAGGUUGGAUCUGUCGCAUACGACAGUGGAGCCCUUCCGGGCUCCCUCCACGACGGCCACGGCCACGGGCACCACCCAGCCCGCGGAGACGGACAGCCUCCCCAAGGCGCGCGACAACGCGCCGUCCACGAUGUCUGGGCCAAGCAGUAGUGUCCACCCCAAGUCGCUUGAAAGCCGCCCCAUGUCAAGUGGCACGGCUUCCUCCUCCUCGGAGGGCACGUCGGCCCUCUUCUCGCUGAGCCCCCACGCGCAAGAUGCCGGCUCGAUGCACGCCCAGGCUCAGCUCCCGCCCCUGUACGACCCCGGUUGGCGUGGAGGGGGCGAGCCUGCGCUCGACGCAGCAGCCUCCACCGCAGCCUCCACACUGGGUGCCACGCUCUCAACUCGUGCAAGCACUGUGGUCUCGGAGAAGCGAUAA